UACUCCAGUUCAACCAAUGCAAUGCUCUCCAGGCACUGCUGGUUCUCAGGCGUUUUUUCGAUCUGGCGAUACCUCAAGUCAUCGUGAUGAGUCAGCUCCACCUCCACCUCCACUUCUACGGGUGGAACAAAUCUGUCAUUUGACAGAUAUUUGUAGUCGAGUUGUUGCAUGUGGGUGUCUGAUAAGAGAUAAUGCAGGCAUCCCUCCAGAUUGCAUCAAAGUUAUAUUGGAUGUUGUUGAAGUUCCCAGUGCGAAUGUGUUUGGUGACAUUGAGAAGACGUUAGCCGAUUGCGACGUGGGUGAUGUUCUCGUUUGGCCUAGAGUGCUGACGAAAACAAAGAUAUUAAAGGAGUUUACUUAAAACUUUUCCUAAGUCAAGAACAUAUUUUUGUAAUUUGGUCAGGACAUAUGGAUUGUGUUUGAGGUUAUUUUGGAUAUUAUUUGAAUAAAUCUUUAUCUUGAAUUAUUUAGUAGUUUUGCUUGACUAAUCUAGUGAUUUGUUUCAGCUUUUCAUCUUCUUAUGCGUGACAGAAGGUACACAUAUUUCUAUUAUAAUUUAUUUUAAUUUUUUCUUUGCUUAUGCAUAAAAUGUUCUGAUUUAAAUAUUAAGAACUACGUAGUGGCUUGAUCCCAAUCUUCUAAACAUUGGGUACGUAGGCAGCCGUUCAUACUAGACCGUAUCGGUGCAGCCACAAAUUUUUUUUUUUUCCCUUCUUGUAGUGUGGAUGCAUUUUCGUCGGGACUACUUAGCAAUAAGAGCGAGGUGGAUGUAAGUUCUCGAAACCUUUAAUUAAUCUCAAAUCAUUUAUAUCUU